UCUUCGUUGAGGUUUUCUUCUCAUGGAGAAGAUUUUUCUUUCUUUUCUAGUUCUACUGUUAAGUGGAAAUGGAGCUAACUCGGAAUCAUGCUCAAAUCAAGGAGAUAUAAGGCUCACCAAUGGAACCUAUGGUAAUGUACAGAUCUGCUAUAACAACACAUGGGGCCUCAUAUGCGAUCAUGACUGGGAUCUGAAGGAUGGGAAUGUUGUCUGUAACGAGCUCCAGUAUCAAAGAGCUCUCUCUGUAUCAUAUUCAUCUCAUUAUGGUCCUGGAAGCACUGAGGAUCACAUCUGGAUGGAUAAUGUUAACUGCAAUGGGAAUGAGAAUAGGCUUCAAGACUGUCCGUUUAAAGGAUGGGGUAUACAUGAUUGUAAUCAUGGUGAUGCUGCUGGUGUGAGAUGCAAAGGAAAUAUAACGUCUCCACAGGACUUUAAUGUUAGGAUCCAAGGUCAGUCGAACUCUGGCCGAGUGGAGGUGUAUCGUAAUAACCAGUGGACUCCUGUUUGUAUGGAAGACUGGAGCAGGUCAUUUGGUACCGUGGUAUGCCGUCAAACCAGUUUCACGGCUUAUUUCAACACUCAUCCAAGUAAUACACCAACAAGCGGGCUCCACUUGACUGGUUUAGUGUGCAGUGGAGCAGAACAAAACCUGUUAGGCUGUAAUAGGACAAAUGUAGGGUCUGUCAAUAAGGACUGUCACAAUGCAGUAAUAACUUGUGCAACUUCAUCCUCUUCAUAUCUCAUUGCUAAUGACGUGGACAUAAUUGGAGGCAAUACAAAAUGGGAUGGGAUCGUGAGAAUAUUGUAUCAGAAGACGUGGGGACCUCUCUGUGUCAAUGAUAUAUGGCCUCAAACUGCUGCUCAGGCUGUUUGCUACCAAUUGGGAUACUCAGUGGGUGUGGCAAACCUAUCUACAAGUAUUGAAGUACCAGGAGGUGGUAAUACCGUGUGGACUGCUAAUGUAUCCUGUGUGGGUUGGGAAGGAUCAAUUGGAGCUUGUAAUGGAGCACAAUGGAGUAAUGUAUCAAACGAAAACUGUAGCUCAUUUGCAUCUGUUAUAUGCUCAGAUUCACCUCAAGCUCUUAAUGUUCGUCUCAGUGGGGGGAGUCAACUAGAGGAAGGACGAGUAGAAAUAUACUUUGGUGACUCUUGGGGCACAGUCUGUGAUGAUGGGUGGAGCAUAAGCUCGGCUAAUGUAGUCUGUAGACAGUUAGGAUACAUGUAUGCGACUGAAGCUGUUGUGACAUUACCUAGGGACUCACCACAGUUUGGAGAAGGGUCUGGCAGCAUAUGGAUGAAUGAAGUACAUUGCUUUGGUAAUGAAGCUUCUCUAUCUGACUGUCCUUUUGCUGGCUGGGGUGUACACAACUGUGACCACGGUGAAGACGCUGGUGUGGUCUGUGGCAAUACAUCGACUGCAGCACCGCCAGUGCUAAUGGUUAGACUAGGGAACAGCAAUGGAACGUAUUCUGGACGAGUUGAAGUUAAGAGAGACAACGAGAGUACUUGGGGUACUGUCUGUGAUGAUGGUUGGGAUCUCAUUGACGCUGAAGUGAUUUGUCAACAGCUGUUUUCUACUAAUGCAGUUGCAGCAUAUAGUUCGGCACAUUUUGGUCCUGCGUCUGAUUCAGUUCCCAUAUUACUUGAUGAGGUGUCAUGUUCCCCUGGUAUGAUGACCCUCUCCCAGUGUGUCAGUAAUGAUUAUGGUGUACAUGAUUGUACUCAUGAGGAAGAUGCUUCUGUAUCAUGCUCCUCAGGUUGUGCAUCUCGUCUAAACCGCACUUUUUCUAGUGAUCAAUAUGAGUGGGAGGGUUUAGUGGAGGUGAAUCGUGAAGGACAAUGGAGGCCAGUCUGUGAUGAUGAUUGGGAUAAAAAUGAUGGACAUGUAGUAUGUAGACAGUUAGGAUAUCCUAGUGCACUAGCUGUACGCAUUCAACAAAAUACAGGUGGUAGUGAUUUCUCAUUGAGUAAUUUGCAAUGUAAUGGCGUUGAGGAGAGCCUUUGUCUCUGUCCAGCUAUAAGAGAAAAAAUAAAUUGUGGUCCCUAUGAAGGAGCUUUUGUUGCUUGUGCAUUUGAAAAUCCGAUCCAAGUUCGUCUUAUUGGUGAUAGAGUCCCCUGGGUUGGUCGUGUGGAAGCCAAGCUGAACAACAUACCAGGACAACUUUGUAGUCAAGGAUGGACCGAUAAUAACUACAAGACACUGUGUAGACAGUUAGGAUAUAAAGGAUUGGUGAGUAUUGUUGACGAUGGUCAAAACAGUUACACAAGGUAUAUUGGGAGAUCCGGCCCAUACUGGUUGAGGGAUCUUGCAUGCACUGAAAACAAGUCUAACCUGUUUGACUGUACAUGGAUGGACUAUAGAGUAGCAGAUUGUUCAGGAGGCUAUGGAGUUACUGUCUUCUGUGAUCCUGGUUCUGAAGCACCUUCGUUCAAUCCAAUCAAACUGGUGGGCGGAGAGUCAAUCUAUGACGGUCGACUUGAGAUCUUAUACAAAGGAGUGUGGGGUACUAUCUGCAGGGACUCUUGGUCUCGUGAGGACUCAAUCGUAGCUUGUAGGGAGCUUGGGUUUGGACCACCUCUUGGCCAUCUUGUUGAUGUUAACAGUGAUAAAGUGGGGCUGAUAUUACUGGAUGCUGUCAAUUGUUCUGGUCAAGAAACUAAACUAAGUCAGUGUCCAUCUCAAGGCUGGAACGUACACAAUUGUGACCAUGCAAAAGACAUUAGAAUUAGCUGCUCAGCUCUUAAUCAACCUGGUUUAAAAGUAUCACUGUCAAGUGCCUCCACCCCAAACAGUGGCCAACUUCUGGUUAACUAUAGCGGGAUAGUGGGUGUGGUUUGUGGAGAUGGGUGGAGUCGCUCUAGUGCUAAUGUUGCGUGUCGUCAGUUGGGAUAUGGAGGGGUGGAGUCUCAUGGUACCGAGCCCAAUACUUCGUGGACUGGUUCUGAUUCUCCCUGGUACUGGAUCCAGUCCAUAGAGUGUGAUGGGAAUGAGGACAGUCUAACUGAUUGUUCAGUAUCAGUUCUUGGCAGUUAUACUGAAUGUGCAUCAAAUAGAAUUGCUUCACUUACUUGCUCAGCUGGUGCUAGUUUGAGAUUAGUUGGUGGGCCGAGUCCUACCGAGGGUAUUCUACAGAUAUUCAUUGGGGGGUCCUGGGGUACCAUCUGUCAGAGAGGGUGGGGCAAGAAAUCAGCUGAUGUCGCCUGCCGGCUCUUAGGCUACACACGCUCUGUUGAAACUGUUAACGGCUUUAAGUAUUUGAGUCCAGAGGUUGGGUCUUUACCAAUAUGGCUUGAUGAAGUAAAAUGUAAUGGAGACGAGAGGUCGUUGUUGGAUUGUCCCCGUGGGCCAAUAGGAACACAUGCUUGUGGACAUGGUAGUGACAUUGGACUAAUCUGUACAAGUAAGUAG